ACACCAGAAGUGGCGCUGUGACGCUCCAAAACAUGCCCAGGAAACAGGAAGACGAUGGUGGACACGUAUCACAGACUGAGGAUGGAUCCUAGGUGAGAAUACUUCAACCAAACAACCAACAUGGAGAAGUUUGGCAUGAGUUUUGGGGGUGGCCCCAGCAAAAAGGAACUGCUGGAAACCAUAGAGGGCCAGAAGAAGCAAUUGGUCCAGUACCAAACUCGCUUUAAAGAUGUUGUGAGGGCCUACAAGAGCCUCCUGAAGGAGAAGGAGGCCCUUGAGGCCAGCUUCAAGGUUCUAACAGUGUCCCAGGAAGUAGACCUGGGCCAACGCAGCGAUGACCUGUCCCUAGGCGGAGGGUUCGCCGAUGCCUCACCCAUGACCUCUGACCUGGGGGAUGAUCACUCCUCCAUGCACAGCGAGGACAGCCUUGACACGGCGGCGUCCGUGGACACCGCUGCCAGCAUGGCCAGUGGUAGCACCAAAGGGGACCCGCUGGAGGAGGAGCAGCAGCAGCAGCAACAGCAACGGCAGCAGCGGUCCGGUUCUGCAGGAGAUGUGACCGGCCUGGCGGUCCCCGCAGCCUCUGGCCCGGCCCAGGGUUCAGAGGAGGCGAGCGGGUCGGAGAGCGGCGUCAGCAGCAGCAGCAGUGGUGGACAGGAGCAGCAGCAGCAGCAGCAACAACAACAACAACAGCAACAACAACCGCAGGCACCACUUGCUUCUGCAGAGGCGGACCGGCGUCUACUGCAGCUCAAGGCCCAGCUGAAUACGCUGACCAGCUCACUGACUACUGUCAGCCAGGAGAAGUCCAGGAUGGAGGCCUCGUUCCAGGCGGACAAGCGCAAGAUGAAGCAUGACAUGGAGGAGCUGCAGAGGAUGCUGGAGGAGACCAAGGGACAACAGGAGGCUGAGCUGUCUGCUUUACAGGAGCAGCUUGCGGAGAGCAAGGCCCGUGUGAUCACGCAGCAGCACGAGCGCGAGCAGGAGCAGGGCGACCACGCGCACAUGCUCCGCGAGCUCCAGAAGCUCCUGCAGGAGGAGCGCAGCCUGCGGCAGGACGCCGAGCUCCGGCUGGAGGAGUCCCGCGAGACCCUGGUGGAGACCAUGCAGGCGGCCGACCGCGGCAUGGACCUGGAGGCGCGUCUGAGGGAGGCCGUCCAGGAGCGCGAGGAGAUGCGGAGGAGCCUGCAGGCCGCGGAGACGGAGAGGAGCAAGCCCGACCCGCUGGUGGAGGAGCUCCAGAAGGACAUGGGCCAGCUCAAGCUCCACUUCCAACAGCAGCUACAGCACGAGAUUAGAAAGGCCACCCAGGCGGAGGAGCGCCUGCAGGACCAGUCCCGUCUGGAGGAGGGCCGCGUGGCCAGCCUGGAGGACCGCGCCUCGGAGCUGUCGGAGCUGCUGGGCGCGUGCGAGCGCGCCCGCCAGAAGGACCAGCAGACGGCCCAGCGGCUGCGGGAGCGCGUGCUCCAGCUGGACAUGGAGAACAAGACGCUGGCCAUCGCCGCCACCUCGUCCUCGGGCCGCGGCUCGGACUUCCUCCACACGCUCAACGUGGACGAGGCCAACCUGGACGUGGCCGCGCUGAAGGAGAAGCUGGAGGUGGUCAAGAAGCUGCUCAAGAUGGCGUCGCGCAGGAGCUCGCAGCCGAUGGAGAUCGAGAAGCUCGGAGAAGAGGGGCAGAGAGAGGAAGAGGAGGAGGAGGGAGGGGAGGUGAUGAGCAGGACGAAGGUGGAGGAGUCGGACGCGGAGAGGAGGUCGGCGCUGUUCUACCAGCAGGAGCUGAAGCAGGUGAAAGAGGAGUUCGAGCGCUACAAGAUGCGGGCGCAGGUGGUGCUCAAGAACAAGAACGCCAAAGACGGCAGCCAGGCGAAGGAGCUGGAGGACGCGCGCGACCAGCUGGCCGAGCUCAAGGAGAAGUACAUCAACCUGCGCAUCCACGCCGACGAGGCCGAGGCCCGCCACCGCCGCGCGCUGGAGGAGCGCCACCAGGGGGCGCUGGCGGCGCAGCAGGCCCACAAGCAGGAGCUGGAGCGGCAGGAGGCCGGCCACCGCGAGAGCCUGCUGCGGCUGGAGGCCGAGAUGCACAAGCAGCGCGACCGCACCAUGGCGCUGCUCGCCGAGAAGGACCAGGAGCUGGAGCGGCUGCGGGGCGCCGUCGCCACCGCCAACGUCCUCGGCUUCGCCGGUCACCGCGGCAACAGCAGCGGAGGAGGAGGAGGAGGAGGAGGCAGAGCGAGCAGCAGUGACGGCGACGGGACGUCCGAGAUGGGAGGAGGAGGAGGAGGAGGAGGAGGAGGAGCGGGGUUGGGGUUGAGCUCGGCUGGGGUGUCGCUGGGGGACGAGGUGGAGCUGGACAGCCAGGCGCAGGAGGAGAGCGACUUCAUCACGCAGGCGCUGCGGCUGGCCGGCCCCAACGAGCCCACGCUGCUGCUCUACGCCGAGCAGCUGGCCCGCAAGGAGGUGGAGAACGGCGCCCUCCGCAGGCAGAAGCGACGCCUGGAGGAGGACGUGCACCAGCUGCAGGGCAAGCUCAUCGCCAACGGCGAGCGGCACGACGAGGAGGUGGCCGAGCUCCGCACGGAGCUGGACAAGCGCGUCCGCGACCAGGGCAGAGACGGCGCCAACCUGGAGUAUCUCAAGAACAUCAUCUACAAGUACCUGACACUCCAAGACACCAGGGGGCGCCAGCAGACCCUGACGGCCAUCCUCACCAUCCUGCACUUCAGUCCGCUGGAGAAGCAGGCCGUCAUCAGGGAGCAGGCCCAGGGCUGGUGGGCGCCUGGGAAGAGGUAACAGGAGCGUGAGGAAACGUUUUUAGAUUCCGGUUCUAGGACUACAGCUCCGUAAGCUAUAAUUUAUUUUCAUCGAAACAACUGUGGAUCCUUUGGAAUGAUCAACAACAACAUCAACAAACAACAUCUGUUUUCUUGUUAUCUUUUUGUGUGAACUUGCCUGUCACAGACACCCAUUUUCUGUCUAUUUCCAUGUGAGUCUUGUGAUCAUUCAUACUUCUCUGCUUGGAUCUCAUGUAUGUUUACUAAUACUAACGCAUACGUGUUUGACCAUAACAUUAGCAUUUGAUCACAGUGUUUGCGCAUCUUUACUGCUAUUUCAGUCGCUGUUGCUAACUGUCAGCCUUUAAAUUAUCUGUACCAUCAACCUGUGGAGAAUACUACUGUGUCUGUGUGAAACUGCUCAUUACUGUGAAACUGUGUAGGACAAGUUGGACAGUAACAACCACCUAUUCAGACAGCUUUGUCUAGCACUUUGAUGAAGUACACGGUCCAUUGUUGAGCAGGACAAUCGACCGUGAAAUGGUUGUUGAAAAUAUGUAAUGUCACCCAACCAACCACCCACGCUAAUGAGUUCAGUGUGAACAGUUUAAAGUAGUUUGAAUACCAUUUGGCCUUAAGAAGUAAAUAAUAUAGUUAUUUUUGGACACUUAUGGGCAUAGAGUGAAGCCAUUUGCUCUUUAAGUAAACAGACAGUCCAGUCCACAUUGUCAUCACAUACAGUAACAACAAGGUGUUCUAAAGAAAACUGUCCACAAAACUGCCUGGUUUUAUUGAAGUCUUCAUCCGGCUUAUCAUGUAAGGACAAAACAACAUAUGCAAAAGCCACUGUUCUUUCUCACUGUGUUAUGUUGGUAAGAAUAUGCAGUGUUCCGAGGUGAGGAGAAAAGCUUCAUAACUUCCCUCUUGUAAAUAUAGUUGUACUCUAAUCACUUUGUGUCAACUGAAUGAAGAGUUAACUGUAAUCAAGCUUGUAAACCUCCAAAGCAGUCUUUUAUAGAGAAUUUAUUAGACUGAUAUAUUGGUACUAAGUGUAUAUUUUGACUCCACUACAACAUGAAAUAAACUAUAUUUUCCUCCUUUUUCGUGA